AUGAGGACUUCUGCAUCUUCUGCAUCUGAGUCCAGAUUUGUUCUGCCCGUGGAGAACACAGGUGUCGGAUGCGGGCAGAUGGCUGCGCUGCCUCUGGCUUUCGGAUCAGAUCAAGACUACCAGCUUGAUAUCAUCAAUGAACUCGACUUGGCAAAUGCCACCUAUGGAAUUACCCAAGUGGCGGGGCUCCACAACAGCACCAAAGCCUUCCUGUUUCGAGAUGUUGGGAGAGCAGUUCACGCCCCGGCACACAUCACAGAGAAAGUGGUGCAGCUGUUCAGGAGGAAAAGUGAGUUUACUUUCUUGGCCUCCAUCCAGCAGAAGUCCUCCACGUCAGGAGUCAUAUUCUCCAUCCACGAGUCAGAACACAGUUACUUUGAGCUGGAGAGCAGCGGGGUGAGAGAGGAGAUCCGCUACCACUACCGCUUCAAAGGCAAACCGCGCUCCGAGUCCUUCCCCUACCGCCUCGCUGACGGCCAGUGGCACAAGAUCGCCCUCACCAUCAGCGCCACCCACCUCCUGCUGCACGUCGACUGUAACAGGAUUUAUGAGCGGGUUAUAGACCCCCCUCAGAUGGAGCUCACCCCGGGCAGCGGAGUGUGGCUGGGCCAGCACAGCCACAAACACGGCCUGUUCAAGGGCGUCAUCCAGGAUGUGAAGUUGAUUUUCGCUCCCAACGGCUACAUCACGCAGUGUCCUAACCUUAACCGCACCUGUCCGACCUGCAGCGAUUUCCUGAGCCUGGUGCAAGGCAUCAUGGACCUUCAGGAGCUACUGGCCAAGAUGACCCUGAAGCUGAACUACGCGGAGUCUCGGCUGACCCAGUUGGAGGGCUGUCACUGCGAGAGGACCUGCAGCGCCAACGGCGUGGUCUACCGGGAUAAGGAGCUGUGGGUGGAGCCGGAGAACUGCAGGAACUGUGCAUGUAAGAAUGGUGUGGUGGAGUGUCGCAGGAUUUUCUGUCCUCCAGCAAACUGCUCAGAGGACUCGCUGCCUGUACACGUUGAUGGGACUUGCUGCAAGAAAUGCAGACUGAAAUGCACCUACAGGGGCCAGACCUUUUCUGAAGGCCAGCGCUUUUUAUCCAGGAGCUGCAGGGAAUGCAAGAAUGGCCUGAUGGUGAGAGUCACAGAAACUUGUCCAGAGCUCAACUGCACCGUCGCUGAACAGAUCUUACCAGAUGGCAGGUGCUGCAAUGUUUGCAGAGGUUAUGACUUCUGCGCAGAGGGACUCAUUUGUGGCGAAAACUCAGAGUGUAAAAACCGGAAUACUAAAGCAGACUGUGAAUGCAAUGGCGGCUAUGCCUCCAUCCACGGGGACUCCACUUACUGUGAAGAUAUUGAUGAGUGUGCGACCCAGAUGCAUUACUGCCAGUCCAACACGGUGUGUGUCAACCUGCCCGGCAGCCAUCGCUGUGACUGUCUGCCUGGCUUCAUCAGAGUGGAUGAGUACUCCUGCACCGAGCAUGACGAGUGCGCCAGCGGCCAAAAUUUGUGUGAUGAGAACGCCAUCUGCACCAACACCAUCAGAGGACACCUGUGUACCUGCAAGCCGGGCUACGUGGGCAACGGCACCAUCUGCAGGGCUUUCUGUGAGGAGGGAUGCAGGAGCGGCGGGACCUGUGUGUCUCCCAACACGUGUGUCUGUCCCUCAGGAUUUACAGGACGCCGCUGUGAGACAGAUAUUGACGAGUGUGCAGAGGGCCUGAUUGAGUGCCACAACCACUCCCGCUGUGUCAACCUGCCCGGCUGGUACCACUGUGAAUGCAGGAGUGGUUUCCAUGACAAUGGCUCCUACCUGCUCGAUGGGAGCUCCUGCAUUGACAUUGAUGAGUGCGGUCUGCAGACACACACCUGCUGGAAUGACAGUGUGUGUGUGAACCUCCCGGGAGGCUACGACUGUGUGUGCACAUCUGGUCCGGGAUGCGGCGGCGACUGUCCACAGGAAGAGGAAAUCAGACGCAACGGAGAGGACUGGAAGCCCAUCUUUGACCGCUGUGCUAUAUGCUCCUGCAAGGACGGGCAGACGUACUGCAGGAGGAGACCAUGUGACUGCGCAGACCCAGACGAGGAUCUGUUCUGCUGCCCCGGCUGUGACAACAGGCCCAGCAGCCAGUGUCUGGACCAGAGCGGACGCACACUCUACAGCAGCGGGGCGUCCUGGGUGUACGGCUGCCAGCAGUGCCGCUGCAUGGUCCGGGAGGUGGACUGCUGGCCUCUGGUUUGCCCAGUGUUGAUGUGCGAGUACACGGCGGUGGCAGAGGGCGAGUGUUGCCCGCGCUGCGUCACAGACCCCUGCCUGGCUGACAACCUGUUGUAUGACAUCCGGCAGACGUGUCAGGACCCCGCGGGCGCCGCACGCCUCAGCGGAGACACGUGGCAUAUGCCCAACUCACCCUGUACCACCUGCGAGUGUAAGAAUGGGAAUGUUUGCUGCUCGGUGGAUCUCGACUGCCUUCAGAACAACUAA